AUGGAUUUCGUCCAGAGAAAGAACUGCCGACGCUAUCUUGACAUCGCACGGGCAGUGGCAGCCAACCCGUACAAGCACACCGUCCGCGACGUCCUCCUUUCACUUCAGGAGAGCACUUUUGAAGGCUUUGACGACUUGACUCCAGACCAGAACAUUCAAGACGUUGAUAUCAAUGACUCAGAUCAGGAUGAAGAGUACCUUUCACCGCAUGCUAUCAAGCAACAGUACCUAGGUUUCCCCCAGGGCCCAGUUCACGUGCUCGAUCUGCUCAACUCUCAGGAAUGGAAAGAUCAUAUGACCAGCAUUGGCCAGCCCGGCUUCGCGUGGGCUAACAAUAACCAAGGACGGGGACGUCCGCGUGUCACACCUAAACUUCAUCAGCUCUAUGCGAUCGAGAAGCUGUGCAAGAUGGCUGGUGGAUUCUUCCAAGGCGGUUUUUUGGCGCACCCACCGGGCAUGGGAAAAACCAUGUCUGUUCUCUGUGCCGCGUUUGAACAUUUCCGACGACUUGGCGCAGCGGGCGAGAGUCGAAGCUUUAUCUUGUACGUCACUGCGGAUAGAUGUCUCGCUCCGGUUUACAAAGAAGUGUUGCACAACGUCAAGUCUCGAUUUUCAGCAGUCGUCGUCACGUCCUUGGAAAAGCCUUGGAGUGAGCUGAAACAAUACAACCUAGUCAUCGUCUCUCACGAACUUCUGAUCGAAAGCUGGGCCAAGGUCAAUGAGACCAUCAAGCUCCUCGAGUCCGCGAGGUUCAAGGGUGUGGAGGCCACAAUCGAAGGUCUUUCCGAGGAGCAACUGAAGCGGCCAAAAUCAUCACUCCUCUCCAUACUCCACAACACAGCCGUUGGCAAGAAUGCAUGCUUUAUAGUCGAUAAGUGGCCGUAUGGCAAGCAAGAGUCCGAAUUCACCAAGGCCGCGCAGGCCAUCGACACACACUCGACCUUCCUGGUCUCUGACCGCCUAGUGUCCGAGGAGAACGACUGGCGAGACGUCUACAACCAAAUCUCCAUCCUGCCCGUGCAACCCUUUGCCGACAAGGCCCACUUCGAGGCCAUGUUCGACACCAAAGACAGCAGCCGCCGCCUCGGUCAGGAUGCGGGUUACAUGCUGCUCGCGUGCCUCCUGGACGGCAUCGUCAUCCCCUACUGGCUGUGGGGGCCCUCUGUGCCGCUGCCCCGCCUGAAGCGACAGCGCGUGAAUAUCGGCUACGACUUGGAGUUGGGAAACCACGUCCGUGAAAUGUUUCUAGACGCAUGUGGCAAAGAGGCGAUAGGUCUCGCCUCGUCUCUGGAUACCCAUUCUGCCGCGCUGUGCGACGGACGCAUCGUAUACGACUACAUUCGCAAAUACAUCACGCCGGUCUGCACCGCUUAUGGAGGCUACGACGAUGGACCGAGCGUGGCCAACCCCGAGACCACGUCCGAAGCUUUCAUAACUGAGCUGAUCGAGCGGCUGAGAAAGUUUCGCAACAAUGAUACCUGGAUCGACAUCAUCAGGGCAGCUCCAGACGACGAAAUCAUGUCGUUCCGCGUCAAGGCCGUCCUCUCGACAAUCAAGCGCAUCUGGACACGCUCGCCCGGAGAGACAAUUGUCGUCGUCGCCGAGUUAUACUGGCUCAUAUACCUCAUCGACGAAGCCAUCCGACGCCGAGCUAGACACGACCGCGUCUUCGACGUGGCGGUGGGCAGAUACGAUGGAUACCACUUCAUGAUUCCGCUCCAGAAGGACUCGGAGGAAACGGAGACAACCGCGGUGGUCCAGAACCCACAGAUCGUGCUGACCGACCAUCUGGCCGCGCAGCACGGGAGGUGGUUUGGUCGCUUCAGGCACGUCAUCAUGUGCAACCAGCUUUCCAGCAAGAGCGAGGAGGACAGGGUGUUGGGCUUGGUGCGGCACGUCGGCUCCCGUGUCCCGGUUGUGAACGUCUACGACUUGUAUGCUCCCGGAAGUCGUCGCGAUCGCACUCGUCGUGGCGACUACGAUGCCCAGGCGGAUGACCUGAGGGCCCAGGACAUAGUUUUGUGGUGGGCGGUGCUGACCUGGCGCCCUGAUGGCGCCAUCGGAUGUCGCCCCGUCCCGAGCAGGGAGCUUUUGGGCUUAUCAUGA